AUGGACAGGUCCGACACCCCCACGCUCAAUCAGAUCCAGCACACCGUGAGCUCGCAGCACGACUACGACAAGUCGCCCACCCCUACGCACUUUGUCUCUGGCGACGGCGUGCUGUUCACCUUUGACGCAACCCACCUCGCCCGCCUUUCGACCUACUUCGCCAAGCCGCGGCCCGACCCCGGCGCCACGGCAGUCGCGUGGGUCAUCAAGGUGUACUAUGGCGCCCUCAACUACGCGUUCCAGCUCCUUCUGGACCUUGAGGCAGGCUCCACGGCCGAGCUGAUCUGGCCCCACGCUCGUGUCAUCGUCGGACUGGUCAAGCUCAUCAAGUUCUACGACCUCCCUGUCGUCGGUCGCGCCCUCCUCGCUCGCUCCUCGGAGGCCAGCUGCCGCAAGAACGCGCUCCAGUGGCUCCUGAUUGCUUCCGCACUCGGGGACGACCUGCACAAUCCCAUCCGCGCAACGAUUCGGUACGGCCUGGACGUCGAUGGCCUCGACCUCCUGUUGGCACGUGCAAACGUCGACGUGAUCGACUGCUUCCACAAGUUGCUUCCCGACGCGCUCGCCCAGCUCACGGCGACGCACAGGCAAUGGGAGGGGUGCUUGAAGCUCUUCAAGAAGAACUUCAUGUACAACGUGUACCAGCUCGACUGCGCACAGUGCGGCUUCGCGCCGACAGUGUACCCGCACUGUAGCCUCGGGGGCUACACGCACUUCCACCACGUCGGGGAGGCGAUGCGCCCAUCCUUCCGCCUCUCGGUCAUCGACAACGUGCUGAUCCACGUAUGGAGGUACCUGCGCGGCCGUGACGCCCCGUGGGAGCUCGAGCACAUCGAACGCUGGGCACGCGAGCUCGGCGGCGACGAGGCGCUCACCGGUCUCCUGGUGCACCAUGUACCCGUGCUGACGACGUUCCUUAUGCCGAGGAACUCUGGACGCGUGUGGGCGAACAUGGAGGGCCAAUGA